CUGAAGGAGGUUAUUUGGUGGAGGAGACGCACUCAUGCUCGUCCGUCAUUUCUUACUCUCUCUCUGGGAAGCAGGUGUAAGGUAUCAAUCCUAGGAAGAAAACUUUUGAACUGCGAGAGGCGUUAUUUGCAAACGUUUGCUAACAGUGGUCUGCAGUGUUUUAAGUUCUAAUUACAGUUAUCACAAUUUCUUACGACCAGAGAAGGGAAGGACUCUGGGUACGAGCCUGUGCGGACAAUUUUAGUAAUGGGGCUUCGAACGAGCAAAGUCAUGUAUGUCUGGUUUAACAUUUACAGAGUAGCGCUGCUCCAGUUGUUGCGCGCUACGGGGCAUCGAACCAAGUGAUCCGAGAUGCAGCCGCCUUAGUGUGGGCUUCGAAAACGGACUCUGAAUGAUUCACUGCUUGGCUAAGGACUUGCACGUCAGAUGCAGCUCUACACCGGCUAACCUUUCUUACAGGUACAGCCCACCUUAGAGAAGGAUGAAACUGUAGCAAAAAUAUUUAGUCUCCACAUGUGCAUUUGCAACUACUUGCUGCUUUACCUGCCAGAUGAAGCACAAAAAUGCACCAUUUUCAUGUCCUUUGACUGACGAACGCUAUCGGCAAGGAUGGAACUGUGAGAUUUCAACAUCGUUCUCUGAUGGGUUGAGAACAAAUCGGAGGUGCACUGCUGGAACUCCAUAGUUGUCUGCCUUGGCUUAACUGACUUUUGUAAUUAGCAAGUAAUACAUCUGCAAUGAAGUUAUAAAACAACAUAAACUGAAAGUCCAAGGGUCAGUACAGACUUGAAAAUAUAAGCGCCAAAAUUUAAAAAAAAAUGGCCUAUCCUUACAGUACACUUUCCUUUCAUAUUUCUUUAUGGACUUUAUUUAUUUUCUUGUUACCAUCUCUAGGUUUAAGGGCAUCCAAAGGGAUUGUGUGCCAGGAGAUAACAGUACCCAUGUGUAAGGGAAUUGGCUACAACCUUACAUACAUGCCAAAUCAGUUCAAUCAUGAUACACAGGAUGAGGCUGGACUAGAGGUACACCAGUUCUGGCCCUUGGUGGAGAUUCAGUGUUCUCCAGAUCUGCGCUUUUUCCUGUGUAGUAUGUAUACACCUAUUUGUCUGCCUGAUUACAAGAAGCCCCUUCCUCCCUGCAGGUCUGUAUGUGAAAGAGCUAAAGCAGGCUGUUCACCUCUUAUGAGGCAGUAUGGGUUUGCCUGGCCAGAAAGGAUGAACUGCGAUAAGUUGCCACAGCUGGGAGAGUCUGAAAAUCUUUGUAUGGAUGACAACAGAACUGAAACCACUACUUUGUCUCCUCUUUUUGCAAAGCCUACCAAUUCCCCCAAGGGUUCUAGUAAAUUACGUCCUGGAAGACCCUCUUCUGUAGAAUGUAGUGGGGAAUGCAGAUGCAAACCACCGUUGGUACUUCUUUCCAAAGAAGCCCAUCCUUUGUAUAAUAAGAUAAAGAGUGGUCGUGUGCUGAACUGUGCAAUGUCCUGCUAUGAGCCCUACUUCACACAGGAUGAGAGAACCUUUGCUACCUUCUGGAUAGGGCUGUGGUCCAUUUUGUGUUUUAUUUCCACGUUUACUACAGUUGCCACAUUCCUUAUUGACAUGGAAAGGUUCAGAUAUCCAGAGCGGCCCAUCAUCUUUUUAUCUGCUUGUUACCUGUUUGUAUCCAUUGGCUACAUCAUCCGACUGAUUGUUGGUCAUGCCAGUGUAGCCUGCAACAAGGACUAUAACCAUAUCCACUAUGAGACUACAGGGCCAGCACUUUGCACCUUGGUGUUUCUGCUUAUUUACUUUUUUGGAAUGGCUAGUUCUAUCUGGUGGGUCAUCUUGUCAUUCACCUGGUUUCUGGCAGCAGGAAUGAAAUGGGGCAAUGAGGCAAUUGCCAGCUAUUCUCAGUAUUUCCAUAUGGCAGCCUGGCUUGUUCCAAGUGUCAAGUCCAUAGCUGUCUUGGCACUUAGUUCUGUGGAUGGAGAUCCUGUUGCAGGGAUUUGCUAUGUGGGAAACCAGAACUUGGACAACCUUCGUGGAUUUGUCUUAGCCCCUCUUGUGGUCUACCUCUUUACAGGAACAUUGUUUCUUCUGGCAGGAUUUGUGUCCCUUUUUCGGAUAAGAAGUGUCAUUAAACAAGGGGGCACCAAGACAGACAAGCUAGAGAAACUCAUGAUCCGAAUAGGCAUCUUUACAGUGCUGUACACAGUACCUGCCACCAUAGUUGUGUCUUGCUACAUCUAUGAGCAGCAUUACAGAGAGAGCUGGGAGAAGACUUUGAACUGUUCUUGCCCUGAGGACACUGAUCAGCCCAGGCCAGACUAUGCUGUCUUUAUGCUCAAGUACUUUAUGUGCCUUGUGGUAGGAAUAACAUCUGGGGUGUGGAUCUGGUCUGGGAAAACCCUGGAGUCCUGGAGACAGUUUGCAGGUAGGUGCUGCCGUGGCACAAAGCCUGUCAGCACUGCCAUGUAUAGUGAGGCCAGUACUGCUUUGACAGCCAGAACUGGGGUAGUGAGUUCUGCCACUUACCAUAAACAAGUGCCCCAUUCUCAUGUGUAAAUCUUGUCUUUUUUGUUCCUGGCAUUCCUGACAGUGAGAACUUUUACUGUAAAAGACAGAUGUGUAAAGAAAAUGUUACUUAGCUUUGUCAGUCUGUCUCUGAAGCAUUCUUGCACCAAUGUGAUCUCACCACAGAGUUUUCAGCAUGUUAUUUUCCAUCCCUUAUAAGCUUUGCUUUACCCAAAGAAACUCCUGCUUGUAACACUUUUUCAAAUGUAUCUGUUGACAGUCUGCUGGGAUGGACUGUGUGCAUGUUGUGCAGAGGGUUUUCUAAUGGUUAAUUGGAACUAGCUGUGAUAUUUCUGUCAGAUACUGAUAUUUACUACCUAAAGCAGCUGAGGUGGAUGAGUUGGAAAAUGAAUGUGUUUUAUCAAC